GGGUCUCAGUGAGGUGGGUGACUCUCCAUGAUGGGAGACAAGCCAAUUUGGGAGCAGAUUGGAUCCAGCUUUAUUCAGCAUUAUUAUCAGUUAUUUGAUAAAGACAGAACCCAACUAGGUACAAUUUACAUGGAUGCAUCGUACCUUACGUGGGAAGGACAGCAGUUCCAGGGGAAAGCUGCCAUUGUGGAAAAGUUAUCUAACCUUCUGUUCCAGGAAAUUCAGCAGAGUAUCACCGCAUGGGACCAUCAGCCUACACCAGAUAGCUGCAGCAUCAGCAUGGUUGUAGGCCAGCUCAAGCCUGAUGAAUAUCCCAUUAUGGGUUUCCACCAGAUAUUUCUAUUAAAGAACAUCAACGAUGCUUCGGUUUGUACCGAUGACACGUUCAGGUUUGCCCUGCACAACUUCAGCUGA